UGUUGUGCGCGAGUUUCUAGCGCGCUUCACGCUCACCGCUGCAGUCAGUCACACGCGCUUGGCGGGAGCCGCUAAAGUUCACAAGCUCACGUUCUUCUUUCACUUUCAGCUUUUUAUGAACAUAGUUUUCAAUCAGAGGUGGUUUUGUGUCGUCUCCAGUGAUCAUGCCGUCCAGUCUGGGCUCCAGCAGUCCAGCUGCAGUUCUUCAGGAGGCUUUGGAAAACUCCAGCCGCUUGAUUGACAGGCAUCUGCAGGAGGAUCGCUGUUUUCCAGACCUGUCAGAGCUCCUCAAUGUCCCGUCACACAAUAUGCCUUCGUUCUCGGGCAUGUCGGACAUGGAUUACCCUCUGCAGGGACCGGGGCUGAUCAGCGUGCCGAGUCUGCCUGAGCUCAGCGCCAUCCGCAGGGUUCCUCUGCCUCCGGAGCUCGUGGAGCAGUUUGGUCAUAUGCAGUGCAAUUGCAUGAUGGGAGUUUUCCCUGAAAUCUCCAGAGCGUGGCUUACCAUCGAUAAUGACAUUUUUAUGUGGAAUUAUGAGGAUGGGAGUGAUGUGGCGUAUUUUGAUGGGCUCAGUGAAACUAUUCUGUCAGUUGGACUUGUCAAACCUAAGCCAGGUAUUUUUCAGCCUCACAUCCACUACCUGUUAGUGUUGGCCACACCGGUGGAUGUUGUGAUCCUGGGCUUGAGCUUCCCCAAAGCUCACACAGGUCUGAAUGACAGCAUGUCAGGAGCCAUGCAGCUGUUGCCAGAUCCUCUCUACUCAAUCCCCACGGAUAACACCUACCUGCUGGCCAUCACCUCCACGGACGUGGGCCGCAUCUUCCUGGCGGGCAAAGACGGCUGCCUGUACGAGAUCGCCUAUCAGGCCGAAGCGGGCUGGUUCAGUCAGCGCUGCAGGAAGAUCAACCACUCCAAGAGCAGCCUGUCCUUCCUCAUCCCUUCACUGCUGCAGUUCUCCUUCUCUGAGGACGAUCCCGUUGUUCAAAUUGCUAUCGAUAAUUCAAGGAACAUUUUAUACACGCGUUCAGAGAAGGGUGUCCUGCAGGUGUAUGACCUCGGCGCUGAUGGGCAGGGAAUGAGUCGAGUCGCCGCCAUGUCUCAAAACUCCAUCGUCUCGGCGGCUGGAAACAUCGCCAGGACGAUCGACCGCUCGGUGUUCAAACCCAUUGUUCAGAUCGCUGUAAUUGAUCGCUCAGAGUCGUCAGACUGUCAGCUGUUGGCCGUCACUCAUGCUGGUGUGCGUCUGUAUUUCAGCACCAUCCCUUUCGCUCCUCCAAACGCCAAACGCAUCUCAGGCCGGCCCAACAUCUUGUCUCUGGUGCAUGUGCGUCUGCCGCCCGGAUUCUCUGCGUCCUCCACCCUCCAGAAACCGGCCAAAGUACACAAGGCUCUGUACAGUAAAGGAGUUCUGCUGAUGGCCGCGUCUGAGACAGAAGACAGCGACGUUCUGUGGUGUAUCAACCACGACUCGUUUCCCUUUAAAAAGCCCCUCAUGGAAGCUCAGAUGACAGUGAAUGUAGACGGUCACUCGUGGGCUCUGUGUUCAAUCGAGGAAACCAAAUCUCCCAGAAUCCUCACUCCUCUUAAUAAAGACCUCAUUCCAGUCACUGAUUCUCCUCUAGUCGUUCAGCAGCACAGCGUCCCGCCGCAGAAGUUCGUUCUCCUGUCCGCUCAGGGGAGUCACAUCUUUCACAAGCUGCGUCCGGUGGAUCAGCUGCGUCAUCUGCUGGUGAGCAGCGCUGGAGGAGAAAGCGAGGAGAUCGAGAGGUUCUUCAAGCUGCACGGGGAAGGGCAGGCGUGUGCCACGGCUCUCAUCUUGGCCUGUUCCUCAGCAGCAUGCGAUCGGGAGGUGUCUGUGUGGGCCACACGAGCCUUCUUCAGGUAUGGUGGAGAGGCUCAGAUGCGUUUCCCAUCUGCCAUUUCUGCCCCCAGUAACGUCGGGCCGCUCUUCAGCUCCCCCGUACCAGGAUCCCCAAUGCCUGUCGGCAGCCCCAUACCAAACCCCAGUUUUCUUGCCACACCUGCCCCAGGCAUGUUUCCACCGACCGUUUCGACGCCGUACGUCCCCGCUACACCCAUGAGUCCGAGCGGCGCGGCCGUCACUGCUGUAUCCUCCGGACCGGAGGUCAUCUUCUCUGGAAAACACAACGGCAUCAGUAUUUACUUCACUCGCAUACUGGGGAACAUCUGGGAUGGGACUCUUUCGAUGGAGACCACCAUAACCAAAGGGAGCCAGACGGUGACUAUUUUGGAGAGCACAGCCAGUUCUUCUGAUCUGGAGGUCGUCCUGAUGGAGCUUCAGGGUUUGAAAGAAUUCCUGGACAAAAACUCCCAGUUCAGUCCAACCUCUCUGGGUGUGGCCAGUUUCAGCUCGCCAGCAAACCUGCAGCAAAGACUUCUGGGCUUCAUGCGGCCCGAUGGUUCGAGCAAUCAGCAAAUGCAGCAGGAGCUCCAGAGGAAGUACCACACGGAGGCUCAAGCGUAUGAGAAAGCGUCUCUUCAGGCCAUGCAGCAGUUGAUCCAUCGCUCCUAUCAGACGCUGGCGCUCUGGAAACUUCUGUGUGACCAUCAGUUCAGCCUCAUCAUCUCUGAGAUGCCCAAAGAGUUUCAGGACCAAAUUAAGGCGGUGAGUUUUAAGGAUGUGGUUGUUUCUGGACGGGAGCUGAGUGGCGCCCUCAUCACCGCCCUCAUUAACGUGUACAUCAAAGACAGCGCGUCUGUAGACACCGUCAGCGGACACCUGAGAGACAUCUGCCCCCUGCUGUACAGCAGCGACGACAGCAUCUGCUCCAAGGCCAAUGAGCUGCUGCAGAGCUCCAGACAGAUUCAGAACAAGUUCGAGAAGGAGCGAACGCUAAAAGAUUCCCUGCGUCUCUAUCAGCAGAUCAGCCACCACACGGACCUGCCGCUCGUCUGCUCACAGUACCGGCAAGUGCGUUUCUAUGAGGGUGUGGUGGAGCUUUGUCUCACGGCCGCUGAUAAAAAAGACCCUCAGAAACUGGGACUGCACUUCUACAGGAACGGAGAGCCGGAGGAGGACGCCAGCGGCCAGCAGGCCUUCCAGGAGCGGCUCUCCUGUUAUAAAUGCAUCUCAGACACCAUGCAGGAGCUGGUGAAUCAGAGUAAAGCGGCACCUCAGUCCCCCAGCGUCCCUAAACAACCCGGACCACCCGUCAUGACCUCUGACCCCAACAUGCUGAGCAAUGAGGACGCUGCCGCCCAUUUUGAGCAGAUGCUGGGUCUCGCUCAGAGAUCUCAAGACGAGCUCUUCCACAUCGCUCUCUAUAACUGGCUCAUUCAGGCCGAUCUCACCGACAAACUCCUGGAGGUGAACUCGCCGUACCUCGAGGAUCAUCUGAUGCACAUGAUCAAACAGGACCAGAGUAAAGUGCGUAACAUGGACCUUCUGUGGCGAUACUACGAGAAGAACAGGAGCUUUGGCAAAGCGGCACACGUUCUGGCGCGGCUCGCAGACAUGCACAGCACAGAGAUCUCUCUGAAGCAGCGUUUGGAGUACAUCUCCAGAGCCAUCCUUUCUGCCAAGAGUUCGUCCUGCGUGUCUUCACUGGGAGCUGAUGGAGAGUUUCUGCAUGAACUGGAGGAAAAGAUGGAGGUGGUGCGGAUUCAGGUGCAGAUCCAGGAUACCCUCCGCAGACAGUAUUCCCAGCAUCCCUCAGUGCAGGGAGCCAUUACACAACUGGACUCCGAGCUCAUGGACAUCACCAAGCUGUACGGUGAGUUCGCGGAUCAUUUCCGGCUGUCGGAGUGUAAGCUGGCCAUCAUUCACUGCGCGGGACAUUCGGACCCCAUCCUGGUGCACUCGCUGUGGCAGGAGAUCAUCGACAAGGAGCUGAGUGACAGUGUGACCAUGAGCCCGCCGGACCGCAUGAGAGCUCUGAGCCUCAAGCUCGUGUCUCUGGGAAAGUUAUACGCGGGAACGCCACGAUACUUUCCGUUAGAUUUCCUGGUGAAGUUUCUAGAGCAGGAAGUGUGCCGGUUGAACUGGGACGUGGGUUUUGUCACGUUCACCAUGCAGGAGAUUGGAGUUCAGCUUCCAAGACUGCUGGAGGUUUAUGACCAACUCUUCAAGACACGGGACCCGUGUUGGCAGCGUCUGAAGAAACCGCUUCAUCUGGUGGAGUGCAUCCAUGUGCUCCUGUCAGGAUAUGUGAACGAUCCCAGCCGUGUGCCCACCUAUGACAGACGGAGGUUUACUAACGCUUGUCUGGAUAAUAUCUGCGGAUAUCUGGUGGAGCUGCAGUCCUUGAGUCCAAACGCAGCCCUGCAGGACAUUAUACGCAACUUUAAAUGCCUUCAGGCCAAACUGGAGAAGCUCCAUUGAUGACAAUGAAGGACUUGCCAGUGUUCGUCUGUUCCUGAUGUGAGUUUGAUGGACGCCCUGAUACUACAACAGCCUGACGCCAGAAGUUCAGUCUUUGUUUACUGAAAAUGAAUAAUGUUCACUCAUCCAACCAAUGGAAAUGCCAACAGACGGCCAAAAUAAACACUUCAGAUGUGUA